GAAGCCUAUUAAAAACAAAAUUAUAAUAAACGCGAUAAAACAAAAUUAAAAAAAAAAAAACUUACCGGAGCUCCAACAAAAUGUCAGAUACUCAGAACAGCAAUGUCGUCCUGUGUAGUGUUGGCACAGAACUAAUUCAUAAUAGCACAGAAAUUAAUGAUAAUUGCGUGGCUUCAGACUCAUUCAAUAAGGAAAAACACCAUAACAACAACGUUCAUAGCUUAAACAAAAAUUCUACAAGUAUUAGCAGUAAUGAUGAAGUCAUCGAGGAGGGAUUCGACUAUAGCGAAACCGACCUGUUAGACGAGUUGAAUGCCAGCGAUGAAAACGACGACACCAACAGCAAUGUUACAAAUGAGAACUGUCAAAAAAAUUGCAAUCAACGUCUUCCAAUCAUACGCGACUCUCACAAUGAGAAGGGAGAAGAAACAAGUAAUAUCAGCGCAACUCCUCUUAUUGAUAUUACAGACGAUACACAUUCUCAUAACAUCGUAACUUCGCCAACCACCAUUGCGUGCGUCGACAGUGAUUGUGUGCCAAUUGCAAGUGCUGAUAAUGCGACUACCGCUGCAAGUGAUAAGCACAAAUUCACACCGCCUAACUUGGAUCUGCGGCUCACUGACGAAGCGAAAACAACAAUAAGUGCUGUUGACUCAUACUGUCCUAUAACACCACGGCAAAUAGUUGAUGUUGAUGCUGAGCCUAACCAAUUGUUGAGACGUAAUUCGACAACACAGACAGAAGUUAGCAAUGAUGUUGCUGGUGUUGGUGUUGGCAACAACAACUCUCGUAAUGAUGAAGGUUAUUAUUAUGCUGAUGAGCCUGAAGAUGAAUUGAUUGUUCAGUUCCUGGGAGAAGCCAAUCGUAUUGCUGAGGCCCGUUUGGCUGCCCGCCGGCAAGCACGCGCUGAGGCACGUGAAAUACGAAUGCGAGAAUUAGAACGCCAACAAAAGGAACAGGAACAAAAUGCAGAUCGCGUUUUUGACAUGCACAAUGUAUCCGGCAUUGAUCCACUAUCGCGAUCGCGACUUGCAACAGGUGUGGGAAGUUCGCCAUUGGGUGCGGUGCUUAACAGCACACGCGUUAGCUCAAUGUCAUCACGACGCAGUAGUGAAGAUUCACUGGAAGAGGAAGGACGCAGCCUGCGAGAUAUACGACAUGAGCUUAAGGAUGUUGAGGAGAGAUUUCGGAAGGCAAUGAUAGCCAAUGCGCAAUUGGAUAAUGAACGUGCCUCACAAACGUAUCAAAUACAACUGUUGAAGGACAAACUGGAAGAAGUGGAAGAAUCAUAUGCGCAACUUCAGCGAGAAUUCAAAGAGAAAUCACGUGAUUGCAAUGCGUUGAAAAGAAAUUUAGAUAAAUUAAGUGAAGAACUUAAACUGGUGCAAGGUCAACUCACUGAACGCGAUAAACUUAUCGCCGAUCAGGGUUUAGUUAUUGUGGCCAUAGAGAAUGAAGAGGGUACCGAUGCAAAACGUGCUCUAGUCAGUGUAGAGAAUGCUCAGCUGUUAGGUUCAGUGCAAGGUUCUUUGGAUGUGCGACUGAAAAAAUUCAGUGAGGAAAAGCAACAGCUUUUGGCAGAAGUGCAGAAACUACAGGAAGCAUUAGAGAACUACAAGAGUCAAGGCAAAGGGCGAUCGAAUUCGCUUAACGGACCAUCAGGGUCUGAUGAGGACUACGAGGCACAAAGAGAGGCGAACAAAAUAAUAUCAGACUACAAGUAUAAACUGCAGAAGGCUGAACAAGAGAUCGCCAGCUUGCAAGCCAGUUUGGCACGUUCAGAAACGCAAGUCAUACGUUAUAAAAGCACAGCUGAGGCGGCUGAAAAGGCAGAAGCGGAACUUAAAAUUGAGCGGAGAAAAUUGCAAAGAGAGAAUCGUGAGGCCAUGGAACGUCUGGAAGAGUUGGAAACUUCAAAUAAUCACCUGCUAAAGCGACUGGACAAACUAAAGAAUGCUAAAAGCGCAUUACUGAAGGACCUUUGACCGAAAUCUAUACAUGCAACCUCGAUCAGAAACAAUUAUAGCAUAGAUAAAUGCAAACAUAAUGGCGAAACUUUAGUUGGAUGCGAAAACUGUGAGCAAUGAAAUGGCAUAAAAAUGUUCACAAAGUGACGGCAGAACAAAGACAUCAAAUCAUAGGAGCUUCUUCAGAAGAAAAGCAAGUCUGAGUAAUGAAGUGAGAGUGCUAAUGGCACGAUGUUAGCAAAAUUGUUGCCAUUUGACAUUCCAACAUGAAUAGUCAGAAAUCAUAUGUCGCCUAAAAUUACCAACAUAAUCAAUUUAAUAUUUAUUAACAUACAUAAAUAAUAGUUAAGGGCAUAAAGCGUAAAACAUAUACGCAAUAUGUACUAUGUAUAUGUACAUACAUAUAUUAGGCGCAUACUGUCAGUAGUUAAUAAUAAAUAACCCAACUAAAAUGUCAAAAGUUUUAAGUUUGCAAAAAUAAUAAUAAUACUAAUUUAUAUCGCAAAUUUCAAUUCAAUAUAUGAAUAGAAAAUAUGGAAAGAAAAAUAUGGUAUUCCAUUAUGACAACAUAAACAUGACAACUAAAUUCGGUAAUUUGAAAUGCCGGCGCAUGGAUAUUCUCGGAGAAUAUACUCUAAUAUAGUACAUACAUUGGCAAACAUACCUAUUGCAAUCACAUGGAACUUCAAACACAUGCUGAAAAAUAUUAAACCAUGCAUGUAUAUAGGCGAACAAUCAUGACACUGAGAUAUCCCCUAUUUAUGAUCUUUUAAUCUUCAUAACGACCAAAAAGUUAAAAAAAGAUACUAAACCACAAAUGCGAGAAGUUUGGAUGCGAGUGCAUUAUGUUCAAAAGUAAGCUUGUACAAUAGAAUCAUGCAUAUAUAUAUGUGUAUUCAUAUGGUUAAAUCACUUCGCUUUUCUUGUUUUUGUUAAUAUGCAUAAGUGCAAGCUUGAAUCAUUAAUUCGUCGUAUAGUCGGAUACAAAAGUUUUCAAAAUGAUUUAGAUUGUUAGUUAUUUUUGUAAAAUAACUUAUAUAUACAUACAUAAUAAAAAUAACAGUGGACUUUUGACAGCACAAUUUAUUUUCACUUAGCAUUAGUGCCUACAGGGCACUGCAUACAUUACUGAGUUGUAGGCAGUAUUUAAAAUUGUUAACUCAUCAAAUGUUAAAUAAAAAAUAUUAUUAUGCCCAUUAUUUAUUGCUUAAAAUAGAAGAGCUCCUGAAGUCAAUGGAUUGUUUUGGUAAAUAUUCCACAAUUAUGUAUAUGUAUGGGAUAUGUAAAUAUCUACAUACAUAUUGUACAUAUUCGCAUACAUAUGUACCCAGCAAAUGUUAAAAAUCAUAAUUGAAUAUCAUCAUUUGCAAUCUCAUAAACGAUGCUCUCACUAAUAUUUUUCAUUAGUAAGUGAAAGGCGUUAAAGCAAAAAUGAUUUUAAAUUACGUAUAUCAAAUGCGUUUGUUUUAACUAUUUAUUUGUAUCUGCCUACAAAAAUAUAUAGAAAAAAAACCAUGUUAACACCAUAUGAAGACUAAAAAAUUAAAUGUUUAGAGUACUUAAAAUUCAAGUAUUGCAAAAAGUAAUAGGAAAUUUAGUUUUUGAAAAGUAAUUUAAUGACAGAAGUGAAUAGAAAUAAAUGUGGGUUGAAUCUUGCCAAGACUCAUCAUGAGUGGGUAGAAUUAAUGUAACACACAAGAGCCCGGGCAAAUGCAUAUUCUUUUUAUUACAAUAUAUUGCACUUUGUUGACAGAUAUUCUUGGCUUUGCCUCAUCCAUGCUUAGAGUUAUGUGCAAAAAGGCGUAAAGAGAUUAAUUAAUAUGGUUCUACUUAAUUUAAUUCGAAAAGUUGUAAAAAAAUUAUUAAAACAAUAUUUAAUUGACAAAUAAAACUAAUUUCAAUACACAUCUUAAAAA